AUGGUGGUAGAUGAGAUCCUUCUGUUAAUGACAUUAUCUGAUUUUGUUGGGAAAUAUGUUGAUUUUCAGAUGGAGGGGAUUAUCUAUGAAUCUUCAAGUCUGUAUAGUGGUCUAGUAAGUGCGAUAACUUCACAACAUAGGAUAGAUGUUAAUAUUAAUGAUAUAGAGAUUAAAUAUAUAGUUAUUGAUCGAUGUCCACCUGUUAGUAUCCAUAAUGAUAUGGGUGUGUGGGUUUUUUUGGAUCAAAAGAAAGCUAAUGUAGAUUUCUUUACAAAAUAUUCAUUGUGCAUAACUCUGAAGAAUAUAGCAAUGGAUAAUCAUGAUUCUGUAGUUGUUGUGGAUAGGAGACAUUUUGAUGUUAGUAGACCACUAACAAAUCUUGAUUUACGAUCAAAUAACUCCAUCCGCUUGGAAGGAAUGAAUUCGGGUGGAGUUGUUGAUGAAAAUAAUGAUGAAGGAAAUAAAGUAAUCAAUGACCUUUCUAAUCUGUUUGUAGCUGAAAAUCAAAUUCACAAGGAUAAGGGCACACUUAUGGAGGUGAUGCGACAUUAUGGAGUUGUCGAAAAAUUCAAAUUUCUUGUAUCUCGUUUUAGUUCUUCUUGUUAUUACCUGAAGUGUCCUUCUGAAAAUUGUUCCUGGUUAAUGAAUUCAUCAAGUUUGAAUCAAUCGGGGCUAUUCAAAAUCAGAAAAUAUUGUGCGGAUCACACUUGUUCUGUUAGAGAUAGAGUAUAUGCAAGGCGUCAGGGAGUCACUAACAUUGUAGUUGUUUUGACAUUAGACAAAUUUGUUGAUCCAACAACUGUAUACACUCCGAAAGACAUAGCCAAAGACAUGUUGAAAUUACAUGAUGUUUCGCUGACACACAUGCAGGCCUGGCGAGCUAAAGAAAAGGCAAUAAAAUUAGUGCGUGGAGAUUCGGCCGAGUCAUAUGCUAAAAUAUCAAGUUAUCUAUACAUAUUGGAGCAGACCUAUCUUGAUUCUGUUUUGAGCUUGAAAAGAAAAGAAGGUUGGGAGUAUUGUAGGCCAGUUGUAGUGGUUGAUGGGGCAGCCUUAAGAGGCGCAUAUGGUGGUACAAUGUUGACUGCAAGCACUAUGGAUCCAUGA